UAUUUAUUUAUUAUUUAAAAAAAUUUUCAUCAAUUUAAAUCAUCUAACAAAGCCAAUUUAGCUUUGAUAGAAUCAAUAUAAAGAUUAUUUGCUUAUUCUUAAACUUCUAAAUUAUUAUUAUGACUUAACUCCUUUAAUUAAGCAUUAUGUUACAUCCUAGUUGCGCUUUGAAGAAUAUAUUAAUAUUUUUCCUAUUUGGAUAAAUUAGGAUCAUAUUUGUAUUUUUCCCAGUCUUCAACUUUAACUUUAAAUCCAUUUUUUUAUUCUAAGCUUUCUCUGUUUUGUCUUAACUAUUAAAUAUAAUUUGAGUAUUAUUUUUUAGGCAUAAGUUUAGAUUAUUCUUUUUAAUUAUCAAAAAGUUAUUAUUAACUUUAAUAAUUUGUAAUUAAUUUUUUAUUCAAAGAUUUCUUUUUUUUUACUGGAGGAUAUUAAUAAAUCUUACUUUCGCUAUUUUCCAAAACACUAUUAUUAUUUGGUUCUAAGAAAUGAUUUAAUUUAGGAGAAUACUUUAGAUGAGAUUUAUUGUUUAAAAAUAUAUUUUAAUAAAUUCUGUUUUUUUUAGAUAAAUAUUAUGGAGGAGAAUAUUAUUUCCUUAAUGAUUUUUUGCUUUGCUAAUGCUAAUUACUUACUUCAAUUCCAUUAUUUUUUUUUUAUUUGUAUUAUUAUUAAACAGAAUGAACCUCUUUAACUAAUUUAGAAUAUUCAUUUCUUCUUUCAAUUUGCAAUUUUUUUUUUGCUUGUUCUUAAACUUGCUUAAAUUUUACUUCUUUAUCAACUUUUAAAAUUCUUUCAAUUAAUCUACUUUUCGGAAAUUUAUUUUAAUCAAUAUCCAAAACUUACAUUUCAGCCAAUAAAUUACUUUUCAUUUAUAAUUUUCUCAUUCUCAUUUCAUCAUCAUGUAAUCUUUAAUGAAUUUUUAUUUCAUCAAGGUCCAUCGGUUUAUAUAACUUUCUUUUUUCCGCUAGUUGCUUUUUUCGUUUUUCUAAUUCAGGCAAUUCCACUUCAUAAUAAAAUUUUUCGUCUGGAUUUUUAUAUUUUAUUUCUUACUUUAUUUCUUUUAUUAAUAUAUUUGAUUAUUAAUCUGCUAAAUAUCUCUCUUUACUUUAUAGCCUUUAUUUUUCUAUUUUAUUAAGAAUUUAUUAUCUUUUUUCUUCUUACAUUUUGGCUUUUAUUUCUAACUAUUUUUAAUGAGAUUCUUUCAUUUAUCUUUCCAGCAACUUAAAGUAUUAUUCCUGCUAUUGUUAAGAUUUUAAUUCUUUUUAUUUACGGAUUUUUUGCAUUUUUUUAAUUAAUUUUUGGGCUUUUUAUUUCUUUAUUUCUUCUGAAUCUUUUUCUUAAUUUAUUAAUUCGAUUUCGCAUUCAAUUUGUUUUAACUUGUCUUCUAAUUCUACUUUCUUUUUUAAAGUUUACUCAUAUUUUUCCAUAAUUUAAUGUAUUUCUUUUUCAUUAUUAUUUUCUAUUUAAUAUGUUUUCUCAAAUUAUUAAUUUUUGAAUUUUAUUUGAAUUUCUUCUUCUUCUUUAUUGUUUUCUCUUUCAGUCAAAAAUAUUUAUUGUUGAAUUUAAGUUUAAUCUUCUUCUUUAUUUUCGUUUUCAUGAAUUUAAUUUGACAUUUCUCCAAAUUGUUUAUUUUUUUGCUUUUCUUCCGAAAUUUAAAUUAACUUUUAAAUAAAUUUUAAUGCAUCUUAUUUUGAUUUUUAGAUUAUUUUUUCAGGAAAAGUUUCCAUAAAUUUUAAUAAAUAAGUUAUCUUAUUAUUUAUUUAAGGCAUUGGCUAAUUUUGAUUUUCUUAUUAUUUUGUUACAAGAGAAUGUUAAAUACUUUCUUCUACAUUUAUUUU